ACUCCAGCGGCAGCCCGGCCGGCAGCUGCUCCGAAGGCGCCUCGCGCGGGACGCAGCGAGCGCGCAAGCCGCGGCGGCCGGGAUGGGGCUCUCCAGACGGGCGGCCUGCUGCGCGGGGCUGCUGUUGGCGGCCGUCUUGGCGGCGGGCGCGGGGCUGCUGGCGCUGCUCCUCGGCCGCUCCAGGUGCGACCCUCCCCGCUACUGGCGCGCGGCCGUGGCCGCGGACACGCGCAGGUGCUCGGACGUCGGCAGGGACAUCUUAAAACGUGGAGGCUCAGCAGUAGAUGCUGCUAUUGCAGCCUUGGUCUGCACUUCAGUCCUGAAUCCGCAGAGCAUGGGCCUGGGUGGAGGCGUUAUUUUCACCAUCUACAAUGCAUCCACAGGAAAAGUUGAGGUGCUCAAUGCUCGUGAAAGGGCUCCCCAAAACAUUACUGAAGGUUUGCUGGAUAGAUGUGGACACUUUUUGCUCCCAGGGGCUCAGUGGAUUGCUGUUCCUGGGGAACUUCGUGGUUAUGAGGAAGCUCACCUACGCUAUGGCAGAUUGCCAUGGAAGGAACUUUUUGAACCCACCAUCGAGAUGCUUGGCCUUGGAAUCCAGGUUCCAGACAUCUUGAGCCAGUUUCUGAAAUACCUGGAGUUUCACUCACCUUUGAAGAACACUUCCUUAUGUGGACUGGUUUGCACUGACGGAGGAGCUGUCCUGAGACGUGGAGAGGUCUUGUCCUGGUCGGCCUUGGAGAAGACCCUAAAAGCUGUGGCAGAAAACGGGGCCAAAGAAUUCUACUCUGGGAAGACAGCAGAAAAGCUAGUGCAAGAUGUAAGAGCUGAAGGUGGCACCUUAACACUGGAGGACCUCAAGAAUUAUCAUAUUGAACUGACAAAGCCCUUGAAUAUGUCACUUGACAAAUACACCAUAUACUCAGCCCCACGGCCAGCAGCAGGAGCUGUCCUCUUCUUCAUCCUCAAUGUCCUAAAAGGGUUCAACUUCACCAAAGUGGAUAUGGAAGCACCAAAUAGAAGAGCAAAGGCCUAUCACUAUAUCGCAGAGACCUUGAAGUUUGCCAAUGGCCAAAAGGCAAAAUUAGAUGACCCCAAUUUUUCUAAUAUAAAAGAGGAGGUUCUCCAUGAGCUGAUUUCAGAUGCCUUUGCUGACUACAUCAGGCAGUUGAUCGAUGACCGUGGUGACCACCCAGCCACGCACUAUGACCCAACACAGCUGAGAUCAGCCCCUUUUGGCACCUCGCACGUGGCUGUUUUGGCAGAAGACGGGAGUGCCGUGUCAGCCACCAGCACCAUCAACCACCCGUUUGGCUCAAUGGUCUAUUCGCAGCAAACUGGAAUCAUCUUAAACAAUGAGCUUGCUGAUUUUUGCAUGAAGCGGUCUAGCAAAGACAUUUUUCCAGGAGAGAUGCCUCCCUCCUCCAUGACACCGUCCAUUCUUCUUUCUAAAGGUGGGCAGUCCAAGCUAAUAAUUGGAGGUUCAGGUGGGCCCCUCAUUAUUCCUGCUGUAGCUCAGGCCAUCAUCAACAAGUUAUGGCUUGGGUACGAUCUGGAUCGAGCCAUCAGUGCGCCCAUUCUCUAUGCCACUGGUGGCGGCUCCAUUCAAGUGGAGAAGCCGUUUCCACCGGACCUCCAGAAGGCUUUGGCAGACAUGGGGCAUAGAGUCAGCCCCAUGCAGCAGUCCCUGAACGUCGUGCAGGGCAUCUCCCAGGACGGCUCCUGCAUCUUCCCUUACUCUGACCCAAGGAAGCAAGGAGAAGCCUCGGGCUACUAGAGGCUGGGCGGAAGCUAUGCUGAAUCUGCUGCAGCCUGUUAACCUUCUCUGGGUUCUCUGCCAUUGGCUUUCACAGAGGCUGCUGCAAGGAACUUCUGAUACAUUUCUAUGCAAACCACACACACCCCGCAAACUAUUUUCUCCAUCAGGCCUGACCUCUUGCCAUUGGUUGCACUGCAGCUGGAUUUUAUAUAUACACACAAGACAUCAGUUCUGUGGGAUGUGAGAGGCUGAGCCACAAAUCUGUCUCCUGUGAGUCCCAGAAUCUGAGGGAAAGGUGUGUUGGGGCUGAGUCUCACUGGAGGAACUUCUGAGAUAACGAGAAUGCCCUCCUGGAGCCCCUGAAAAGCUGUUGCUGAUGGACGCCCAGGAUGUCCAGGGAGAAAGCCUGGUGGGGCUUUCCACCCUGAGGCUGGCAGGUGGGAGGCCAGAAGACAGCCUGUGUUUGGUGGGAACCCAGAAUUCUCACUGGAAGCUUGUUCUGGACUGGAAGCAGGAUAACUGGGGAGGGCAGCAGCUCUGCAGCUCAUGUGACCGAAGCCCCUUCCAAGUUCGGGUCUGCAAGUAGCAUUUCCUCAGGGAGAAAAACGAGCAAUGAGCCCAGCGAGCACCUGAGCCAAUGCCUGGGUGCCCAGACAUAGCCGCCAAGGCUGAGCAAAGCUCUGGAGAAGUUUGAAAGCACCACAGAACCCGGGAGCCAUUCAUGUUUGCUGAAGUUGCUUUUCAUGAGCUGAGACAUCAGGCUGGGGGGGCAGGGGCAGGCCUGCCGCUGACUUGGCCCUCCCAGCCUGGAUGCUUCAGAGCCAAAGCCCUCGAUGUGAGCCCUUACUCUUCAGCUGAACCUGCUGCUGAAGGUGAGAGUUGUGAACUGUUGUAUCCCCGCUGCUGAGCCUUCAUCAGAAGCUGCAUUUGCUCUGAAUCUUACUGUGUUGGGCGGGGGUGGGGGGGCGUGCGGGAGGCAAGGAAUAGGGGAACCGUGCUAGGAAUAGGAGAGCCAUUCGGGAUUAUGAGCUUUUUUUAUUUCCUCAUGCACAUUUGUUCUAUAGAAAGUUUAAAAUAUAUUUUCACAAAUUA